UGAAAGAUAUCAAAUUCGCCAAAACCGAAAAAAUCUCAAAAUAUUUUUUUUUUAAUUUUUUUUCCUACCACACUACUUUACAAUUCUACACUGCGACUUGUCGAAAUUAUACGCGUCUGCAUAAUUUCGUUUAAUGUCGGCAGUUGAAUACGAAUUUAAAGCAAAUUAUUCUAAUUGGAAUUGGAAACACACACAUGAAUAAAAAUAAAUUCGAUUGGCAAACAAAAAAAGUUCAACUUUUCUACAUUUUCUUCCCUCAAACAACGCUUAAAUCGCUUACCGCGUCGAGGCAAAGUGAUAAUUGAAGCAAAACUUAAACAAUUUUUAUUUUUUCCUACAACAAUAACAAUUAUUAAUUUGCUAUUAUAAUUUCUCAAAAUAGCAACAACAAGUACCAGAGGCAACACUUUUGAGUUAGAAACUGUUGAAAAAAUUAUACACUUAAAACCUCAAAGGCAAAUAGUCCGUGCAGUGCAACAAAAGCAUUGAAAAUUAAUAAUUCUUUAUGCAACAGCGAAGUGGCAUGCAACACAAAGCGCAAUUGAAUGCGCGCUGUAAAGCAAAUAAACUGUGAAAAUAAAAGCAAAACAAAAAAAAAUUAAUUACAACAAAAAAUAAAAACAACAACAACAAAUUGCAGCCGCAACAAGUGCCACAACUGUGUGGCAUGCAUGGACAUUAGAGCGCAACAAGCAGUGAGUGCAGCAAGUGCUGUGUGUGUAGUAAUAUUAGUAAUAACAAUAGCAACAACAACAAUAGUGAGCAUAACACUGCAGCAACAUUGCACUCAAUAAUUUGACCAGAAGUAAAACAACAACAAAGGCAAUAUUAAUGCAAGCAACUAAGAGUUCAGUGCAAACUAAUCACUUUGGAGUUUGUUAGCGAAGUCAGCUAGCUAUAAAAAUACAUAUUUAUAAGUUUGUGUUGUUGUGUCUAACCGAAUGCACAUAUUUCCGGCGAGAAGUGUCAUACAAUUUCGUGCAACAACCGCAAAUACCCAUGCUGCAACAUUAAUAACAGCAGAAAAGUAAUACUGACAAAAUAAAUUUCAACAAAAAUUACUAAAUCACAACAAAAAAUUACAACAACAACAAUAUAUUAAUUUAAACAAAAAUUUUGAAAAAAAAAUAUUUGAAACCAAAAUUAUAUAAGUUCACCAAAAAGUCACGCAAAGCUGAGCAGUGCAGUAAUAUUAUAUACAACAACAACAACAAAAUUUUCAACUAGCAACAUAUUUGUGCUGAGAAAAUAUCAUAAUCAUACAAAAUGUAUCUGAUACAGACUGUCCAAACAUCUUGGCGACCUCAGCUGCCGUUACCCAAAGAACUUGACGACGACGAUCACGACUCCACCGAUGAGCAAAGUGGCUCUGCCGUUGACGCCGCCAAUAUGGAGCGCUCCGCACAGCAGCAACGCACAACGUCACAUGCCAAUAGCCGAAAAGACAGUUCGCUAAGCGGCACUUCACAAGCUUCGGCGCAUCAAACGCCAGCGGCAAGCGCUUCGAAUAAGAAGUGGUCCUUUGGGCGUCUCUUUCGUCGCAAGAAAGAGAUCGCAUCGGAGUCGUCAUCCGAAGAAGAUCGUAAAGCUGGCUUUGUGCCACACCCACAAAGGCAGCCAUCACAGCGCGUCCCGAGCGCCAGUGGCAGUAGUGCUAAUCUCAAACCGAAAUCGAGUAAAUCGCAUAAAGUUAGUCGCAGCGGUAAAUUGAAUGGCGCCAGUUUCGAUCAUAUCGUUGUCAAUCCACAAACGGCAGGCGCACCGUUAACACCGCCACAUCCACCACCGCCCGUAGCGCAUGUAGAUCAUGAAUUCUUUUUGCCCGUGGAGACAAUUUCACCCACAGAGGCAUACUAUCAAAAUCAGCAACCGCAAUACCUACAACAUGGCGCACAACCGGCGGCAUAUACGCGUUCCGCGAACUCAUUGGAUCGACGCGCUGCCAAGGCUGCGCUUAAGACACGCUCAGCGCAGCGACUGCCGCAUGAGUCGGCACUGGGUGCGCAUUCUUCCAGUGAAGAAGAAUUGAUAUCGUUGAAUUCAUCGACUUUCUCGAAAUAUCGCAGUGAUGAGAGCAUACACAGCGGUGGACAGGGCGGCGCUAAUGCGCAGAGCAAACGUAGUCGCGCCGCGCGCAAUGAACGUUAUUACAAGCGUUUAUCACGUGAUGGCGAGCCCAGCAACGGACAAGUGCCCGUAAUGUACGCGCCACAGCCAACACAGCGCUGGAAAACGCAGCCAGUGCCGCUCUCCAUUUACAGCCCACCAGCGCAAGCGCCCAACGUCAGCGCUGCAGCUGCGGCUGCCACACCGCGUCUACGCAACACCAGCAGUCUACAGCAUGUUGCGCCCUACGUGCAGUGGGGUCAAUUGCAGCAACAGCCAAAGAAUUUACAAAACAGCGUUAAUGACAGCAAGCGCAGCAUCAGCUAUGACAGUCACAUACAUUUGCAAAAUAUUAAUGGACGUCUGCAGACGAAACCACUGCCACCACCGCCGCCACCACGGGAUCCAUUGCGGCGCGUAAAUGUUAGUGGACAAAUGCAAAAUGGCAGCUCUGGUGAUUUGCGCCCCAUUUCAUACGCCUUCGACCAGAGCGGUUUGCCGUCGUUGCCGGCCACAAAUCAGCGUAUGGGCGGUCGUUGUGUGUCGGACGAUAAAAUUUGGUCCGGACCGGCGGGACCACACUAUCAAUCGGUGCAUUCAUUGAAUACGCCAAGCGUUAGCGCACAGCAACCCAUGCAGGGCACGCCACAUCAUCGCCGCUUCAUAACGCGUGCCGAACGGGAUGCGCAUCCCGGGAAAAAAUCACUGCCGAAUGGCAUCGAAUUUCAUUAUGUUGCCGAUGCAACACCGCGCUCACGCAAACCCAUACACAUGCUCGAGCCGCAGCUCGAUGUGGCGAACAAUGACACGGGCGCCACUGGUAUUUUGCGCACCUCCAAGAGUGGAUUGCCCACCGCGACGUCCAAACAAAUGCAAGUUAAUGACUUCUGGAAACGCCUGGAUGCUGGCGCGCAACACCGCGGACGCGACACAACGCGCGCUUAUGCACAGGAGAGCAAUGUAAAGCCGCGUUCGAUUUCCAGUUCACGUGCAGGUGAAUUGCGCACUUAUCCCAUACCCGUAUACUCGGAAGUGCAAAAGCCAAAUAAGAAACCAACACAAGCAUCGCCACAACCCGGCGUGGAUGAGGUGGACAGCAUUGUGUGCGGCAGCUUGCAUAUAAAAGCCAAGCCCGACAAUACAAACGCAAAUUAUGUGGAGAUACGUAAUAAGGAUUACAAUAAGAGCAACUCAAUGCCGAACCACUAUCAGCGGCGAUCAGGUGAGAUACCGAACACACCAAAUAAAUAUGACGAAUAUGUCGCUGAGAAGCGCGAGCAACACCAUCACAAACCGAUUUUCACGCCACCAACGCCUCCACAGCGCAAACUCUCCAUACCGCCCAGUAAUGCGGCUGAAUUGCCCAUAUAUUUUCCACGCAAGAAGCCCGCCAAUUUGGAGGAGGCGAUAAAUGAACUCGAAGCGAUCUAUAAGUCACUUGGUCUAACCGAAGAGCCGGAGAAGAAGGAGCGCGUACCGACGCCAAGUGAAUUUGAGAAGUAUGCUUUGGCACAUGCACACGAAUAUGAUGACGAGGAUUCGCCUACUGGUGAACCCGAUCCGAUACGUGACGAUGUGGCCUAUCGUAACAUGCAGUUAGCGAAUUUGCAGCACAAGACCGUGGAAAAGCAGCCACCGUUCGGCAUACCUGUUGGCCCGGUUGUUGCGGCGCCGCAAAACGACUAUCUGCAUGUUACGCCCAUUGUGGAGCCCAUCAAACCGGUGAAUACGCCCGAUAUAGUUAAAGAUGAUUUGGCGGUGCGCGCGCUGCGCAAAGAUCCACCAGGCGCUAGAGAUAAAUUCAUCUAUCCGUACAGCUCAUUUCAGAAAAAGAAUCGCGCUACGCGCACACAGUCCGCCAACAUUUAUAAUCUUAUACAUCGCGAUGCCGCAAAACCAUCUGGCGGUGAUCUACACUCUUAUCUUGAAUUGACGCGCAGUCUGGAGCGCGCUGGCAGUAUGUCCGAUCUACACAAGGAUACGGGUGAAACGGCCGGAGAUGUGCCUACAACUUUAGCGCUACUGCGCAAUCUUAAAGAACAGGACCAACAACAACAGCAACAGCACUCUACCCCACAAAAGAAAAUCACAAUACCCUUCCGACAUCCGAGCCAAGGUGGCGCCAUUAGUGCGUUGCCCGAAAAGUUGCCGAGCAACAGCGUGCACAAAGAGGAAGUACACAAACCGCCAGUGCCGUUGCCGCGCAAGAGUCUUACACCCGAACCGACCGCAGCGAAUGCGCAAAUGGAAGACGCACUCAAUAAAAUCGCAAUGGAUGCACAGGAGAAGUCAGAGAAACUGACGAAAGAACUACAAGAGCUGCGCAAGGAAGCGCUCAUAACUGCCGCGCGUCCGAAAGCGGCGAGCGCUGAGGAGGAGCGACUGGAAAAGGAUUUACAGGAGAUCGAAGCGGUAUCGGAGGCUGCAAAGCGUUGCGGUAAAAUGCUUUUGGAUACACUACCGGAUGCAAAUGAGAGUACGGUACAAGCGAAACCGCGUAAACUGCACAAAGAGGGCAAACUGAUCGAGGCUAUCGAUCAGGUGUCCGAGGCGGCGAAUGCGGUAUGUGAGAAAAUACUGAAGGAUAUUGUAACCACCGAGCCGCCGGUAGUAUUACAGGAGGCAGUACAGGUGAAGAACAAGAAAGCACCCACUGAAAUGCUCGUUAUGCCCAACCUAAUCAAAAAACUGGAUCCCAUACAGUCCGAACAGAUCGAAGCGAUUGCUAAACGUUGCAUGCGUCAACUGAGCGCGCUAGCCGAUGACAAUCCGGACUAUGACAACCUCAAUCAGGAACUGAAUCAGCAGCAGCAACAGCAGCAGAGCGUCGGAGAAGCCGCCACAGCCGUUGCUUGUAACGUCGCACAUUUACACAUGGAAUCAGCGGCAAAAGUUGAUAAUCUCAUUUCUACCGUUGCAGAAGUGGCGUCAGUGCAGCCAGCUGCGGCACAGAAGCAGCACGCAGACAUUGAGGAGAUCGAUCAAAUUAUGCAAGAGUGCGAGGAGCAGAUGCGCGCCGAAAUUGUACAUACACCAUCGACCACAGCGCCAACUGCAGUGCUAUCCGAACGCACUUUGGCCGCUACACGUCCGCUAGUGGGCACAACACCGAACACACCGACCACGAAAAGCAGCAGUGGUGAUGAUCACACAACAGCGCCCAGCAUGACCACAAGCAGUUACUGCAGCAGCAGUAGCAGCAAUAAUGUUGUGGGUGGGCCAGUCAAACCGGGCGCCAGCACGACAGCCUCCUCGUUUUCCUCCUCCAGCGAUUGCCUAGCCAAAUCAUCGAGUCCCUCCGGCGGUCGACGACAAUCUUCGAGCAUUACCUCCUUUAAUCCGUACUCCUCCAGUGAUUAUAUUAAAUCACCAAGUAGUGAAUAUCAUGCACCCAGUACCGAUCCAAUAAAAACGUUCAGUAGCACCUCGUACGAUGUGAAAUCGACAACGAGCGCCACACCGAAUAUAAGCGCCACAACGAACAGCACAUUUAGCUACUCGCCAUCGCCGCCACUAAAUCUAACGCCGGUUAGUGAAACUGCCGCCAUCAUAGCCGCUGAAGCUGUGGCGAAUAGCGAACGCGCCUCAUCAGUUACGCGUCAAUCGCAAGACCGUACGCGCACGCGCUCGUUUUCGUCGCCAUCGCAAUACAACUCUUCCGAAGAGUUGGCAAUGAUUUUCGGCAUCGACGAGCAGCCUCGACGCCAACGCGCCCAACAACAAACCAAACCGAUGCAGUCAGCCACAAAUGUUUCAGAAUCCGUCGACACUAUACAUAGCCCUAAUACCAAUUACGAAAACAAAUCGUCAAAUUGUAGUCUAUCCUCCGCAUCGGUCACUGCCAAAUCGAGCUGCCAGCAAACGUCUUCAGUAUACGAUAAAAUAAAACAACAUCAACAAUUGCAACAGCAACAACAACAUCAAUCGUCUAAACAUCAGUCAAAAGAGAAACAACAACAACAACAGCCAGGAUCCAAAUCUUCCUCAUCCUCCUCAACACGCUACCACGGUGUACAUCCACAUUUUCACCAUCACACCGCACCAGCCUACUAUACCGACGUCAAUCUACACAUUCACACGCCGAAAGCCAAUGAUGUUACGUCACUAAAUGAGAAUUACCAAAGCGUCUACAAUACACCAACACAAUUGGUCAAAGAGCAUUACUUCCCCAAAACCAGCACCGCUACAGUAGUACCGCCACCAAUUGGCACGGGUGCAGCUGUUAUUGGACGUGCCAGCACUACAUCGCCAACGUUGGUGGAUAAGCGCGAUCGUGAGCGCAACAACAAAGCGCCGAUCAAUCCGAUCGACAGCAACACAAGCAGCAAAAGCGUGAAUACAGCGGCGGCACGAGCGGCUUUUUUUCGUGGCGGCUCUGCGGGCAGCAGCGGCUACAACAACAACAACAGCAACAGCGAAAGAAAAAGUCACGAACCUUUAGCGAAAUCGUCACCAGCAUUUGGGCGCCCUACCGAGACAGGUGAAUUGAACGAUAACACAUACGAGUACACGCCAUACGAACAUAACGGUGGUAGUAGUUUUGUUGUUGUUGAUAUAAAUAGCAGUAGUGAUUGUAGUAAAUAUAAUAAUAAUCAUAAUAAUGUUAAGCAAUUAGACAACAUUGAGACAGACAUAACACAACAACAACAACAACCAUACGAUAGCAUAAAUCAUAAUUACAACAACAACAAUAACAUAAUAUCCAUACCAUCCCCCACAUCACCGGCAGGCACGAAUACCACAUCGACAACAACAACAUCCGCUGGUCGCAGUCGCAAUUCGCAUCGUUUCGCUGGUAAGAGACGCGCAGUGCGCGUGCGUAGCGAAUCCCGACCGAUCAGCGCGCUCUAUGAUAUAAUAUGCAAGGAGAAGGGUCUGGACAUUGGUACCAGCACAACCAACGAAGAAGACUCGUCAGCGCCGUCAAACGAAGACGGCGCCCAUCAUAGCGCACGCAGUAACAACAAUAAAAACAACAAUAAUAAUAAUAAGAAUAAGAGUAAGAGUAGAGAGCGCAGCCAUCCGCGUAGCAGCAGCAGUCGGAAUAAUAGUCGAAAGAACAGUAAAGAUUACUCAGAGAUCUCAAAUUGCCUAACCGCAUUUGUCGCCAACUCUUUGUCCAACUAUUUGGGUGGCAAGGCAUACGAUCAGUCGAAUAUGGAUCACGCGGCCACGGCGUCCGGUGAUACAAACGCAACACAUGAUCGCGCAAAGCGUUCACACAAGGCACGCGCAUCGAGCGGCCACAAGCCAGGCACCAAGAAACGCAAAGAUGUCGGUGGUAAGACAAAAGCGAGUACACCGCGCAGCCCCAGAGAUGAAGCGCUCAACGGCGAUACAAGUGAAGAUUCGAAUGAGGCAAGGGCGCACACCACACUCUCGGCGCGCUCCAAGCAUCGCGCCGAUUGCGGUCGCCGCAUGAAUGGCACUGAGAAGGCGACCUCCCUGCCCCCACAGCUGCAUGCUUCGGCGGCGCACACCACCCUCAACUCCGCUGGCUCGCCACAAAAAUCCACAACACAUACGAAUAAUAUCGAUUCGAAUACUCAUUUGAAUGUGGGCAAAAAGUGCUCCAUUCACGGUCGCUGUCAUUUGGGUUGCGAAUGCCGCACCGCAAAUCAUCGUCCGUCUCAUUAUCCAUAUGAAUAUCAUCAAUCCUCAUUACCACCAAACCUGUCAUCCGGCACAUGUAGUAGCAUACGCUCGCCCAGCACCGCCGAUGACGAUAGUUUCGGUUACUCCCCCGAAAAGCUAUUCAUUGAACCUGUAAAUAUGAAUUUAAGUGGUAUCCCAACUAGCCCUACAAACGCUAAGAACGCCAAUAGUAGUAGCAGUGGUGUAGUGCUUGAGCAAACGUCCAGCAUACACGCGGUGCGCAAUGGUGGCAAAGAGCGCGUUAGUCGCGCACACCAACGUCGCUUGCGCGAAGAGAUGCGUCGUCAUACGGAUCUGCCGCAAUUGGACUCACUCUCGCCGUCCUCGCUUAGUAAUAUUAGUCAACUGAUGGGUUCGGCCGAAAAGGCACUGAGUGAAGACGAAGGUGUUGCGGGCGUGAAGCAACAAGAGACUCGCGCGACCAAAGCGAGAAGAUUUAUAAAUCGUCCCAGCCGUACACCGUCACGUGGUCGCAGCGCCAAUAGCGCUCACAAUUCACCACAUUCAGCACGUCGCAACACCCAACACGCCGCCAACAUCUCGACAUCCUCGUCCUCACCACCACCAACCGACUCAACGCAUGGUCAGAGCUUAACGGCGGGGCCGACAGCUGGAGACGUCUACAGUCCAAGUAAUUUUGCGCUACCACCAGUUAGCCCGAACGAUAGCACCGUUACCAUUGAGGAUGUAGGCUCGGCCUCCUCCAACGAUCACAUUGCUCACAUACAAUUAUCCCCAUUACAAAUAAUGACCAAUUCAGCAACACCAGCGACCGAGUUGCGUCCACCGGCGAAUGGCGGCAGCGGCGCACUCGAUGUGGGCGAAGCACAUCCCGCCGAUGCGGAGGUGAAUGCGGAAGCCGGCACGGCCAAUUUUGGCGUUCAGGUGGCCAUUUCAGCAGCAGAAGCUUUGCGCCAACGCAAAUACGAUGUCCAUACACAUAAAUCUCCACAUAGAAAUCCUUCCAAAACCAACACACGAACCAUUACGCCAACAAGAACAAGCAUCACGCCCACAAUUACAAGUGUCAGCGUAACGAAUAGGUCGACAACAAAUGUAAAUCAACGCGAACAACAACAACAACUACAAUACAACAAUAAAAACAGCACCUUUAGUGGCAACAAUACUAACCACAGCAAUAAUAAGAGCACUUGUGCGCCACAUAACAGUAAUAGUUGCCCCCACAACAGUUACGCCAUGCCCACUGAGACAUUUUUGCUUAAACAAAAAGCGGCAAUGCUCGUCGCAAGCAGUGACAACACAAGUGCGCCUGUUGUUGUUGUGAAAAAGAAACCGUUAUCACCGCUUCAAAUCAUCGCCAUGCCACACAAUGCAACCGUGGCGUCAUCAACGCCAAGCGUAACUGCUAAAGAGACAACGUCAACAACGCCACCAACAACAGCACAUCAGCUGAGUCAUCAACUGAAUGCGCAACAACAUCCAUCUGAUGUUGGCGCCCAACGACAACAACAACAAUUACAACCACAAAUCGUACGACGUCCAAGUCCACUUUUAGGCGCACCACCAUCACCCUUCUCUCUGGCACGUUCACCAUUGUCGCCAUGCACGUCGCCUCACUAUGUGCGUCCGACGAAAGCGUCGCGUUUGCGUGCCGCCGCCUUGGAUAAGAAAAAGUGCGAAGACGAAACAAUACAACGUCCACGCUCUCCAUGCUGUGGCUCGCCGCUUACAUCACCACGUACAGUUGCAUCACCAAAACAUCAAUCGCCACGUCUCUCGACGAGCUCAUCAUCGGACCAUCCACGUCCGACCACAGCCGACUCUGAAAGUGAAACAAAAUUGGCACAUCCCUCCGCUAUCACCAUAAAGCCACGUCUCACAUCAACCUCAUCCAAUGACUCACCAACCAGCACCAACAAGAAGCUGGUACCCUCGGUAUCAGUGUCGGUAAAACAGAAUCUCUGCGAAAUGCAAUUUAACGGUGGUCCCAAGAAGGCGAGCAGCUCGAAGUUAAAGAAGCCACGCACCACACCGACUCCUUCGCCAUCCACUGAGUGUACUGCCAAAUUCACACGCUCGGCGGGUCGCUUGUCAACUGCCGAAGAGUCGGACGCGCAUGUGUUAGCGAAGACGGCCAAACCGUUGCCGCGUCCACGUAUCUCCACUAUAAAGUCUAGUAAAUCGAAAUCGACAAAUGAUCUGAAACCGGCGAGCAGCGAUAGUUCGCCUGGCAAAACGGAGCUCAGUCCGAUUAAUGGUGCAACUCCUGUUAGUCCUUUGGAGGAUCGCGAUAAAUCAUCGAAACGAAAAUCGAAUUUGAAUCGUUCGCUCAACGAAGAGGCCACCGUGGAUAGUGUAAUCAAUCUGAAAUAUCUGCUGCUAACCGCAAAAAUAAGGAAAAAUAAGCUAUUUUUAAAUGACUCCUUGGCAGCGCGUCGUCGUCGUCGCCGUGAACUCGGCAUGGUGCGUCAACUAGUACCACCCGAUGAUCCAGUGCUACGCGAAAUGUUAUCACCACGUCAAAACAAAACCGAGAGCUCAGCCAAAAAUGUGCCAAGCAACAGAUCGCCGCAUAACGAAUUGGCCUAUCACAUGGAGAUCGCGCGUCGCGGUUGGGAUCUAGUCAAUCCGAACGUAAGCAAUCGUGCGCGCUCCGAAACGGGAAGCCCGAAAUUUGAUUUAAACACACAUGAAAGCUCAAUAAGGGAGCGACCGAGCGCCAAUCGUUUGGCACGCCGCAGUGAUACAUUGCAUCUGGGCGAAUUACGUAAGCUGCGCUCGAAUGAUGUUAAUCGGAAGGUGAAUGAGCGUACAAAAACCGAUUUGGCUGAGAUUAAGAAGAUCGCCGAACAGGCGAAUGUUGAAAUGGCCAUGAUGGCUUCUGGUAUCGCCGCAGAAUUGGCCGCGCAGGCUGUACGCGGUGGUGAGGAUUACAUUGAUAAUGAUCCGGAUGAAGGAGAUAGAGAUGAAUGUAUUGUUGAGUUGGCCACACCAGCACGUUACGGCAUACAUAGUCGUCAACAAGCGGCUAUACCGCCACCAGCACCAUCAUACACGGAGUUAGAGGUAGCCGCCGAAGCGAAGGAACGUGAUCCGUCACCAGCUAAACAUGCCACAUUCGUGGAGGAGGAGCGCAUCUACUACGAACCCGAAGCGGACGAGCAGUUGUCCAAAUCGGUCUCGAAUACCACAAUGUCUGGCGGUAUAUUGCGUCAGCGUAUAUUGAAGGCGCGUAGCAUGGAACGUGAUGCUGGUCAUGAGCCGCCAAAACUAUCGCCAAUAUUGAGGCGUAGAAGUACUGAUGAUCCCACAUAUAUACCGGUGCCGACAAGCGCCGGCGUGCACUCGACAUCACCAUCCACAUCGACACAGAACCACAUUGUUUCGAUACUCAAGAAGAAGGAUCAUAUUGCUGGCGAGUCCAGCUCGGCUUCGAGUAACGCUUCGCCUGUCACAUUUUCAGCAAAUGUAGUCGACACACCGACUUCGAAACAGAAACGCGCUGGCAUACUUAAGAAACGCUCGAGCCUGGAUGAGUCACGCUAUUACUCACGUUCGCAUUCGCCCGAUGAGCGCAGCAUACUUAUCAAAUCGGCGCGUCGCAAUUCACUAGAGGAGACAGCCGGCUUACAGCAACAGCAACAACAUGGCAUACUCAAACAAAGCAGCUAUGAGAGUAGCAAAAGUGAUGGUUGUCCCUCUGCGACAGAACCACAUCCGCAUGGUAUAUUGAAGAAGAAAGACUCUACCUCGACACCUUCAGAUGGUGGCACACAUGCGCCAAAACAUGUCUCGAUCUCACAAGCUGUGAAAAUGGCCGCGGCUGAAUUGGGUCGUGAGACGGCCGAUAGUCAACCGGUUGCCGGCGAAUACGAUGAAAGCGGCUACACACCCAGCAAUGAAGAAUACGAAAUCCGCCCAAUACUCAAGUUGGAGAGUGUAUCCAGCGAUGAUGCUAUGCGUCCACCGAAACCGAUAUUGAAAAAGAAAUCAUCUGGUGAUUCGGACGAAUACGAAAUACGUCCAAUACUAAAGACAUCACGCAAGAGUAGCCGCGAAGAGUUCGAUUUAGGCGGCUCAAUAAGUGAAGAUGGCCGUCAUUAUAGCGAACCACCACCACCGAUUGUACGUCCCAUUCUAAAGACUGACUCACCAUCGAAACGACGUUCACUGGGUGGUGAAGAGCUGGAACAAGAUGUUUUCAGCGCUGAAAAUGUCACUGGCCAAUCACCAAGUUUACUCAAACGACGUACACGCUCUUUAGAGCGUCAAGAAGCGCCAGUGGUAGAUUUGGGCGCAGCUUUGAAUGCCAUUGCUACAUCACAAGCGGCACCGUUGGAUUUUGUGUCCACGCCCAUCACAACUGGUGGCAGUAUUUCGGUGGCGGAGCGCAUAAAAAAUAUGGAAAUGUUCCUAAGCAGUAACGGUACCUCACCAGCUACACCGGCGGAUGGAAAUACUAGUUGGGAAUCGCCUUUGCAAUCGGGCGUUACGCCGAAGCUAUUCAAACCAAGCGCCAUACGACGUGACAUGUACCGCGAUCGCUACAAGACGCAGCCCAUCACGAAUGAUGAGAAAUUGCACUUUAAAGCCACCGCUUCGCCGCUUGACACCUCCACCACAUCCGCCUUCAAACCGACCAAAUCGCUGGACGCCGGUCUCAAUUACAACACAUUCGCCCAUUUGAAUGCACCAUCGGCCGCCUCUAGCGUCUCGCCGGGCAGCAGCUAUACACUGACACGUUGCUCCACACAACCGUUGCAUAGUCAGCAUUACUUCAAGGCAGCGGAAACAUCCUCAUCGUCGGAUACGCCACCACCACCACAACCACCGUUACGCGCCUCCAUUGGACGUCACAAUUCGUUAAGUGAUAGUUUCGGUAAUAGUAAUACAAACAACCACAAUAACAGCAUAAGUGAACAAUUGACCCUGUCGGUGGGUAGUGAUAGUGAUCGCAUCUUUGAAAUGUCUGGCAUUGAGGAGAAUUUAAUGCCAACUGAAGGCAAGUCGGAGGAUGCCGACACCGGUGGUGCUGGUGUUGGUCUGACGCGUAAGAAUAGUGUACGCGCUCGUGCGAAUAUGUUCCAACAGCUGCAGGAGAAGACCAGAAGCGCUGAAGGUACGUCGGCGACAGCUGGCACGGCGCUUGGUCGUGAGGAGAGAACUUCACCGCGACGAGCAUCGUCCCAGCUUUCGCCCACGUCCUCCUUGCUGCCAAUGACUGCAUCUGUAAUGAGCAGUAGCAUUUCAAGUACUAGCGGAUUACAAACGAACAAUCACGACGAACCGAAAACACCACAAAAUCCCAUUAGAACAGAUGAGGAAAUCGCUGCUGCUCAAUUGCCAUCAACCAAAUCGGCAUUCGAACCACCAAAAGGCAUACUCAAAUCAAAAUCGAUUGGUGUCGGCUUUAUGCCCAUGGACUUGAGUUCCGAAUUGAAAAAUCGGCUGAAAAGCUCCACACACGCUUCCGUCUCGAAUCUACGCAAAUCGGCCACGACGCACAACGCCAAUCGUGUGCUAGAUGAGCAAGCCAGUGGUGUAACAGCAACAACAGCCGCUGGUGCACCACAACACGACGAUGCCGUGAGUCUCGUGCGUAAUCUCUCGAAUUUGGGCCGUCCACCGACGUCGACGAGCGUUGGUGGCGGUGUGGCCGGUUUACGCGGCGACACAAUCGCUUCGACGUCGGAAGGUGAAAGUUCGGGCGGUCGUGAAAUAUCGGAAAUCAUUAAGAAUAGCGCCGUGGCACGCCGACGCAAACUGAACGAUGGCUCCAGUCUCAUUGCGAAAAGUAAAAGUCAUUCAGCGAUUGUCGCCGCUGCAGCACCACCACCACCAGGCGGCUUACCCAUUGGCAUUGGCCCACAAUUGCCACCAUUCGGCAGCGGCGGUUUCGUCAAAUUACGGCAUGUAGACAAAGCACCCGGACAACAGCAACAACAACAAGAACUGUCACAAGGUGUACCACAUACUUCAGCCGCCGCAUCAAAUCUCAGCAACUUUCCCAACGCACAAAGCUUACAGAACUUACAAGAACAAGAACAGGGUGAGGCCGCGCAGUCGCAUAAUCCCACAGCUUUGCCGUCAUUCUUACAAGGCGGUCUUCGACGCAGCUUAACACAGGUCAUGGGUCCUGAUCAACGCACAAUUACAGUUGGUUGUAAGACAGGUUCGAUCGCUGAUCGGCUUGCGGCCCUGCAAAAGAGCGGGGAGGAUGAUUGGAAGAAGAGAAUCUCACGACGUGACGAAGUCGAUGAAAUACGACGAGAGAAUCUAGUAAAUGAAUCACUUUCAUUGGCACACUCACUAUCCGACAAACCACUGCCACAUUCACCGCUCAUACCAAAUUGCUUGGAGGGUGGCAAGGUUUCAGAUCGUUUAGGCAAAUUGAAAACAUCUUCGGAGAAGUGGAAGGAUCGUAUUGAACAAUCCGAUGCAUCAAAAUUCACAGUCGCUGGACGUUUGCAGAAGAAAGCACAAUCACCGAUCGAGCUGCAAUUUGAGCGCGAACAAAAUGCCGAACCGAAAAAGUGUCCCAUGCAUGUGGUGCGCAGCGCCAAUCAACCACAACUUGGACUCGCCAAGAGUCCAUCGAUGAUGGUAACAACAACCACUACAAAUGGUGGCACCAAUGGUGGCACCAACGGCCAUAAUAAUUACCUGCAGCGCAGCUUGAGCGUAACAGCCGAACGCCCGAAUAGCGAGUCGGCAAAUUCUAGCUCUGACUCCGAUUCGGAUGGACGUUGCAAUGAGAAGGAGACGAAGAAUAAGGCAAACACGAUAAGUGCCGCCGCAGAUCGUGCAGCGCUCGGUACACGCGUUGCCGUGCCAAAACCGGACGACGAAGAGACAUUCGAGAAAUUCUUUGCAUCAAAGAAGCAAGCGCCCAUACAGAGCACCGUUAUUAGUGAGGACGCCGAAGUGAACGACUUCGAUUUUGACAGCAUUAAGACGACACAGCGUUUGGUUACAAAACGUACCAUACAAGGUCCGAAGGGUAGACGAGCAGCACGCAACCCACUCAAGAGUUUAGCCGAACGCAGUGAUAUUACAUCCGAGUAUACCGAGGUUAAGUCUGGUGUGGCUGAACGUGAAAUGCGGCGCUUGAAACUCGAGUCAUAUGGUCAUCGUAGCAGUAAUUUGGCGGCCGAGGCCAUCGCAGGUCUCGCAUCAGUCGAAGAUUUCAAGUCGGUUGCACUAAAAUCCUCUUCGCUGCCGCUUAACCAAAUGUGGGUACCCUAUAAGAAGCUCAUGCUGCUGCAUGUUAAGGGUCGUACACAUGUGCAGACGCGUUUGGUUGAACCCACAUAUAAGUCCGUGAAUCGCGGUGAUUGUUUCAUACUCGUGCAUGGCGAGCAUUUGUAUCGUUAUGUCGGCUCGUACGCCAAUGUCAUCGAGAUUGCGCGCAGCAAGAAGAUUUGCGCUUAUAUAGUCGAGAAUAAAGAUCUCGGUUGCACCGCCUCAGCCGAAGUUAUACUUACCGAUGGCAAGUUCUUGAAUGAACGUCACUGGAAGAAAUUCUGGGAGCUGCUAGGCAAGCCGGAAGAUUAUAUAGUGCCCGAUUGUGGUCACGCCGAUGAAGAUGAUCUCUUCGAAGCAAGUCUCAUAGAGACCAAUAAAAUCUAUGAAUUCCAAGACGACUCACUAGUGCCGAUGGAGAAGUACUGGGGUUGCAUACCGAAGGUUGACAUGCUCGAUCCCAAUAAGGUGAUCAUUUUUGAUUUCGGCAGUGAAAUGUAUGUGUGGAAUGGCAAGACAGCGUCGACGAAUGCCAAACGCGCCGCCAUUAAAUUGGCGCAAGAACAUUACGACACCGGCGAUGUGGACUACUCCAGCUGCUACGUGAAUCCCGUUAAUUACGCAACAAUUGUCGGCAAUCGCGAGUCAUAUAAAUUUCUGCGGCGUUGUGAGAAGCGCGGUGACUGGUGUAUUUUGGGUAAGAUCACACAAAAUAUGGAAACUUCACUGUUCAAGGAGAAAUUCUCCGACUGGCCCGAAGUGGAGCGUGAAGAUCUGGAGAAAGAUUAUCUUAUGAAUGGUGUGCACGCGGUAAAAGCGCUCGAUGGACGCGCGAUCUUCAAGGGUGAACCUUAUGUUGAGCCCAAUUUGGUGUUGGAAAACUCAAAUUUGGGGCGUGGCAACUUCUAUUACGACAAUGACAGCAUGCGUCACUUCGAUGUCAUCACAAAAUCCACCGACAAAUGGCAGAUACACGAAUUCAACUUCGACAACGCCAAAGCUAGCAGCUACGGACACUUUUACUCUACCGAGAGUUACAUCGUGCGUUGGGUAUAUCAGAUUUCGGUAACGGUGCGUGAGCUGAGUGGUAAAAUCUCCAAUCGCGCUACAGUCGGUCGCGAUCGUUGCGUCUACUUCUGCUGGCAGGGUAACGAUUCCAGCGCCAAUGAGAAAGGUGCUGCCGCGCUGCUUACCGUCGAGUUGGAUAAGGAGAAGGGCGCACAAAAGCGCGUGGCACAAGGCGAUGAGACGCCCGCCUUCAUAAGGCUCUUCAAAUUACUCUUCCAACACAAAGGCCGCAAGGAUGAUUGCCUGCAACGUCGCAACUCGUGGCGUCUCUAUCAAAUCACUGGCAAUGUGCCGGAGGAGACGCUUCUCAGUGAGGUGGACUGUCAUGCGCGUCAAUUGCGCUCACGCGCCUCCAUGUUGCUUGUACACGGCGAUAAGGGUGUGUUGUAUAUAUGGCACGGCUGCAAGAGCGCUAAGCAUACACGUGACUUGGCUGAACAGGCGGCUAACCACUUGAAGUCAGAAAAGCCGGAAGAUUUGUUUACCAACAGCGUGAGCGUAGUGCAAGUGGAGACCGUGGAGGAAGGCCAACGCGCAAGCGAAUUCGAAGCGGCAUUGACGGGCUACGAUAGCAACGCUUAUUAUAGCCUGCUCAAAGAGACUACCAAAGAUUACGCUUAUACAGCGCGUCUCUUCCACUACUCAAGCACGCAAGGCGUGUUUAGCGCCACGGAAUUGCAAUAUGCGCUACGUUGCCAGGACCUGCACAGUCCAUAUCCAUUUACGCAGGCGCAAUUGUACAGCGCACGUCAACCGACGAUCUUCAUGCUCGACGAUGGUGAUAUGCUGUGGCUGUGGAUGGGCUGGUGGCCGUUGGAGGAUCUCAAAAUAAGCACCGAAGAGCGCAGCAGUCCAACGAAUGAGAAUCGCGCCGGCGUGAAUCGUUGGAUAUCGGAGCGACGCGCUGCUUUAGAGACCGCUGUCUCAUACUGGUGCGCCAAAUUUGGUGAGAAUAACGAAAAAGACUUCCAUGACAUUAAGGGUUAUGUCGUAUGGGCUGGCUUAGAGCCAUUGGCCUUUAAAGCUCUCUUCCCCGAUUGGAUUGAACGUGAUGAUAUCAAAGAGAUAAACAUGCAGGAUGGUCGCACUGAUGAACCCAUCCCCAUCACUGAUGUCCUCAAACAACUAACACAAACUGAAUAUCCGCUUGCCAUAUUAAAGGAACGUCCACUGCCCGAAGGUGUUGACCCCACACGCUUGGAAUUGUAUUUGAAUGCAGUGGAUUUUCAGACGGCGCUCGGCAUGACCAGCGCUGAAUUCGAACAGAUGCCAUUAUGGAAGCAAACCAAUCUGAAGAAGGAGCGUGGCUUAUUUUAGUUUUAGUCUAAACAAAAACAACAAAACAAAAACUAAAAAAUAAUAUUUUGCUAUUUAAAUUAAAUAAGUGAAAAUUGCUUAAAGACUAGAAAUGCUAAAGUAUAGAGAGAAAACAAAAACAAGAAAAACGCUAAAAAAUUGAGAAUUAUAUUUUGUAAUACCAUAAGCAUACAUAUAUACAUAUGAUAUACUAUAUAUAUAUAUAUAUGAGAGUGCACGCGUACGCACAGCAGCACAUGAACACAAUCAUUUUUGAUAUAUGCAUAUAUGCAAUACAUACAACAACAACAAACUAAAACUAAAAUAUUUAAUAACUUUUUACAUAUUUUACAAGCUUACAAAAUAUAUAUAAAGAUAUACCUACAUAUAAAAAUGCGAGCGAUUGAUUCUAAUAUAUAUUAUAUACUACAUAUAUACUUAGGCCUCAUCUACAUACGAUACAUAUACAUGCAUAUACUAUAUACUCUUAAAUUAAAAUUAAAAAUAUUUAAAAGCAAAAAAUAUAACAAAAUAUAUAUAUAUUUAUAUAAAUGUUCUUAACACUCACACACGCAUACACACAUAUCUAGCAGGCCAUGCGCGGCUUUUUUUGAUAAAAUUUUACAAUUUGUAAAAAUUAAAAAAAAAAUAAUUUAAAGAAAAUUAUGAAAACAACAAAAAGUAAGCAAAAGCAACGCUGCGUGCGGUAAAUAAAGAAAAAAAAAAUAAAAAAAUAAACAUUAAUUGCUUGCAUAGAGGCAGCACCAGCGCACAAGCUACACACACAGCUAUUGAUUAAAAAUUAUAUUAUAUAUUUAAUAUACAACAAAUGCAAUUGAGCGCAAUAAAUUGUUUAAUUAAUU